AUCAUAAGGAUUAAGGGGGAUCACAACUCCGGGACCCAGAAUUGUAAACCCUAAGCCCCCCAGUAUAAAUACGCUUUAAUAGGCGCCUUCAUUUUCCAAAUUCAGUAUCAUUGUGGCUCGAAAAGCGCCAGCGAAACUCAAUUUAGACGACGCCGUUUCGAUUCACGUGAGACGAAAAUGGAUCGGUACCAGAAAGUGGAGAAGCCGAGGACGGAGACAGCUAUAAGUGAGAAUGAGCUGAGGAUAACUGCUCAAGGCAGACUCAGGAAUUACAUUUCAUAUGCUAUUUCUCUUCUUCAGGACAAAGGCGCCAAUGAGAUUAUCCUCAAAGCCACUGGUAGAGCUAUUAACAAGACUGUGAUGAUUGCUGAGUUGCUUAAGAGAAGGAUUGUUGGUCUCCACCAAAAUACUUCAACUGGGUCUAUUGAUAUCACUGACAUGUGGGAGCCUCUAGAAGAAGGGCUUCUUCCAUUAGAGACUACCCGUCAAGUUUCUGUUAUCACAAUUACUUUGUCUAAGAAGGAGUUGGAUUCAUCUUCUCUAGGAUACCAACCACCAAUCCCGACUGAUCAAGUAAAGCCAUUAAUUGAAUAUAAUGGAGACGCAGUGCCUGGCAUGCGAGGUAGUGUUCGUCGUGAUCAACAUCAAGGAAAGAACGGAGCUACUGGCAAUGGUGUAGUGGAGUAUAGCGAUGGAUAUUGGGAUGGUGGACGUGGAUAUGGAGGUAGAGGUGGAGGUGAUGCAAGAGGACGUAGUCUUCGUGGGCGUGGAAGGUGGUAUGGUGGUGGAAACAUGCGGCUAGGGUCAGGAUAUGAAAAUGGUUAUGGCAGAUCAGCUGACUUCCCUCAAGGACGAGGGCAUGGGCGUGGUCGUGUAAGGGGAAGCGGUGGUCGUGGCCGUGGGCAAGGCUUUACAUCUGAUGGGCGAGUCCAAGUCCAAGCAACUGCUUGAACUAAAUUUUGGAGGUACUACUUUGGUUUCUAGUUGAAUAGUAUGGGAUGCUUGUUCAACACUUGAUAUUCCAAAGUUAAAUGACGUUAGACCUUCAUUAUUUGUGGCUCAUAUUAAUUAAUGAUUUGCAAUAGAGUUGGGAAAUUUGAUCUUCUGUGGGUUGCAAUUUUGUAGUAAGUAGUAGAUAGGACGUGACGUUAUUACUAGUCCUUAAUGUUGUAUAAUUUAUGCAGUUUUUCUUUUUUAAAUGUCAAAAACUCUUUCCUACAAAUAAUAGAGCAGUGCAUUCUUCCAUGGUUUCA